UCCUUCUCACUCUUCCAUUUCUUUCUUCCAUUUACUUGUUACUGUCCCCAGCUGUCUGCCAGUCUAUUUUUAGCCAAUCCAAACUCUGGAUCAGAGCUGCGCUUCUUCUCACGCACCAUCCCGUUACUCAGUGCUUUCAGAUUGGUCCCAAUCCAAGCCAGGGACAGGAAGAACGAAAGCGAGGCUAAGCUACUGGAAAUGUGGAUAUGUGUCAUUUUCAGUAUUGUCUUUGGGAACUUUAGGUACAAGUGGAGAUAGCUGAUUUUAUUUAUUUAUUUGUUUACUUUUUACUUCACGUGACUUUUGGAUUACAUAUGGUAGUUUUUUUCAACAAAGGACCACAGGUAACUGCUCCUGCUGGGUGCUUUAGUAUUCUUAAUCCACCUGGAGCUCGGAUGGUGCUGAAGGACAAACUGCAACCCUGACAUGGCUCCUUUGUAGAAAAACUGCUCCAGUGAUGGCUUGGAGUCGUGCUGUCACCUGUCCAGCUUUGGACUAGAGGGAGACAUUCCCAUUUACAGAGAAACUCUCACGCUAAACAGCCACCACUAGCCUUCUGUGUGUGAAGCAUCUAAACAGCUGUGUGAGAAAAUGGCACAACACAUAGACCCCUGCUGUCUGCACAACCUCUCCUACCACCCGCGAUGGCAGCACAACUUCAUAAAAGGGAGGAGAAAAAAACAUAUAUGGACAGACACUUUCAGCGGAUGUAGUCGAUUUGAAUCUUUAUCAGCAUCGUCAUCAUUGUCAAAAAGGUCAUUAUCAUCCAGACCGCAGUUGCUAUCAUCUGCCCUGCAACACACCAGGAGCUGGUGGAGGAACUGGUUUCUUUUGCCCUUCCUCAUAGUCUCAUUUUUCCCCCAUCAAGCCUCUGCAACCACUUUCACAAUGGCUCUAGUUGGACCCUGGACAUGUGACGUACUAUACUCAAAAGCCCUCCCUGACUUGGCUGCCAGCCUUGCCAUCAACCGCAUAAACAAGAACACCUACCUCAGUAAAGGCUACUGGUAUGACUACAAGCUGAUCAAUGAGGACUGCCAGUCAUCCCGUGCCCUGGCUCGCUUUGCUGGGCUGAAAGGUUAUGCAGCUGCUUACUUGGGCCCAGCCAACCCAGGCUACUGCUCCUCAGCUGCUUUGUACGCCAAAGAGUGGGAUCUUGGGCAUCUUUCCUGGGCCUGCCUCAAACCCAAUAUGAAUAAAGGAAAUAUGUAUCCUAGUUUCAUGAGGCCACUGCCACUCUCCUCUCAUGUAAUUUUUACAGUGUUGCGAUUUUUUCGGUGGGCCCACGUGGCCAUAAUCUCAGAGGAGUCAGACUUGUGGGAAGCCACAGGGCAUGAGCUGGCCUCUUCACUUAGGGCCCUCGGCCUGCCUGUUAAACCAGUGGUCACAAUGGAGAACAACAAAGAAGGGCCUCGGGCAGCUUUGACAAAAGUGCGGGAGACAGACCGGGUCAGAGUGGUCAUCAUGUGCAUGCCCUCAGUCCUGAUUGGUGGCCAAGCCCAGUACCAACUUCUGACAACAGCCUCGGCUAUGCGCAUGAUUGAUCGUGGCUAUGUGUUCAUUCCCUACGACACCCUUCUCUACUCACUACCCUACAAUGAUGCACCCUACUACAUGCUGGGCAAUGACACCAAGCUCCGGAAAGCCUUUGAUGGAGUUUUAACUAUCACCAUGGACUCUGGUGAACGCAAUUUCUAUGAAGCCUUCAAACAAGCACAGGACAGCUAUGAAAUACGUACCAGCACUCCCCCAGAGCAGGUUUCUCCAUUCUUUGGCACCAUCUACAAUAUGAUGUACUACACAGCUAUGGCUGUUGAGCAGGCCCGCGAUAGAGAAGGCCGCUGGGUAACUGGUCGGAUCCUGGCCGAUGGCGAGGGUGGCUUUGAGUUUGAAGGAUUCAAUCAGCCCCUGAGGGCUGGCAGGAACGGUGAAGGCAUGCAAGCUCAAUAUGUGGUCCUGGACUACAGCGGCAUUGGCAACACCCUGUACUCCACUCAUUCGCUUCAUGCUUCUCACACGGACAGCAAGAGCGGGGGCUUGAAAUAUCUCGGCCGUUCAAUCCAUUUUGCAGGGAGCACUCCCUACAAAGACUCAACCUGCUGGUUUAGCCCAUACUUUGCCUGUACUGGAGGCAUAAAUUCGGCUGCUGUCUUCUUGCUUUUCCUGAUGUUCAUUUCGUUGAUUGGAUUUUUAGUAAACAUCUUUCUUCGCUACAGGAGAGAUGGCAAAGUUGGGUUCAGCUUUGGAGGUGGUGGCCACAGUAGCGGAUCGACAAAGGUGGUCCUGACCCUUGAUGACCUGGUCUUCAUCAAUACCCAAGUCAGCAAGCGGAAGCUAAAUGAUGACAGUAUAGCAAAAAGCCAGGGGGAUAUGAAGACACCUCACCACUCAGUGUCCGGCCGUAGCUACUUGGCCUCCACGCCAGACAGCUCGAAUAUUGCUGUUUUUGAGGGUGACUGGGUUUGGCUGAAGAAAUGCCCCGCUGGAUCAGUAUCAAACGUCUAUAACAGCACUGAGAAUGUCUUUGUCAAGCUCAGAGAAAUGAGGCACGAGAACCUCAAUCUGCUACUGGGGCUGUUCUUCGACUCUGGGAUCUUUGGCGUUGUGAUCGAGCACUGCACCAGGGGCAGCUUGGAGGAUUUGCUCAGCAAUGAAGAAGUGCGUCUCGACUGGAUGUUCAAGUCUUCCUUGUUAUCGGAUCUGAUCCGGGGUAUGAAGUACCUGCACCAUCGCGAUAUCAUCCACGGUCGACUCAAAUCCCGUAACUGUGUGGUAGAUGGGCGUUUUGUGCUGAAGGUGACAGAUUACGGGUUCAAUGAGAUUUGGAUUGUCCAAAAUAUUGACACAGUUGAAAAGCCAGAGGAUCUACUUUGGACGGCUCCUGAGCUGCUGCGAAGUUCUAGUGAGAGGAGGAGGGGCACUUUUGCAGGUGAUGUCUACAGUUUCUCCAUUGUUUGCCAGGAGGUCAUCUCUCGCUCUGCACCUUUCUGCAUGUUGGACAUGCCUCCCAAAGAGAUUAUCAACAAGGUCAAGGAGCCUCCGCCUUUGUGUCGGCCUGUCAUAUCAGUGGAGGAGGCCCCGGUGGACGUGAUACAGGUCAUGAAACAGGCCUGGAGCGAAGAACCAGAGCGGAGGCCGACCUUUGAUGAUAUCUUCAAACAGUUCAAGAGCAUCACCAAGGGAAAGAAAACCAACAUCAUUGACUCCAUGCUGCGCAUGUUGGAACAGUACUCCUCCAACUUAGAGGAUCUGAUCAGAGAGAGGACAGAGGAGCUGGAGGUGGAGAGGCAGAAGACUGACAAUCUGGUGGCUCAGAUGUUGCCCAAGUCUGUGGCCCAGGCACUGAAGACAGGCAAGCCUGUCAAACCAGAGCAUUUCAAUCAGAUCACGCUGUACUUCAGUGACAUUGUGGGCUUCUCCACCAUUUCAUCUCUUAGUGAACCCAUUGAGGUGGUCAACCUACUCAAUGACCUCUACUCACUUUUUGAUGCUAUCAUUCUGCUGCAUGAUGUCUACAAGGUGGAAACUAUUGGAGAUGCCUACAUGGUAGCAUCAGGGGUCCCCAACAGGAACGGCAAUCGCCAUGCAGCUGAAAUGGCCAACAUGUCUCUUGACAUCCUCCACUGCAUUGGAACCUUCAAGGCGAGGCACAUGCCUGAUCUCAAAAUCAGAAUACGUGUUGGCCUGCACAGUGGCCCAGUUGUAGCAGGAGUAGUCGGCCUUACGAUGCCUCGGUACUGUCUGUUUGGAGACACUGUCAACACAGCAUCUCGAAUGGAGUCCACGGGGUUGCCUUACAGAAUCCAUGUCAACCAAAGCACAGUUGAUGUCCUAAAGAGCUUGAACCUCGGAUAUAAAAUUGAUGUCAGAGGCCUGACAGAGUUAAAGGGAAAAGGUAUUGAGACCACUUAUUGGUUGGUGGGUAAAGAGGAUUUCACCAAACCUCUGCCUGAUCCUCGAGACCUUCCAGGGGGAUGCACUCAUGUGAUCAGUUUAGAAGAGAUACCCGCCGACAGAAGACAAAAAUUCCUGGAUCGACAGAAGAAGACAAACUAGCCCGUGGUUUAUCAUUGGAAAGUGAUCAGAGGUAGAUCAUUGACUGAAAAGUUGAACAUGCAAUAUCUGACAGCAACUACACACAAGACUAAAGAAAAUUUCUAUAUUAAUCACAUCAAUCAAUCCUUUGCUCUUGUAUGAAAAAAGUAGGUGAAACUGUCUAUGCUCUAUAUGUUUAUUGGAUGUUUUAUACCAAAAAUAGACAAAAGUGACACUGCAGAUCCAAAAAGUGUAGGUUUAUAGAACAGCACAUUUUGCCUAACAGAAAGGCGUAACGAUGAAGGUGUCUACAAAUAUGAUUACAGUAUUAUGUGUAAUGCUGGUGUACUGUACUGUAUGUAUUUGUACUGAACCACGUGCUUUAUAGAGAUUCUGGAGGGAUGCUGUCAUAAACACCUUAAUGGUGGAAGCUAUUACUGCCUGAUUAUUCAUCUCAGCUAUAAUGGUGUCUACACUGGACUCACUUUAGAGGCAUUAACCCUGUCACAGCAGCACAGAAUGAAAACAUUAAUACAUUUUUAUAGCAAUUUCAGCUGCAAACCUGGAUAGCACAUUCGGAGCUCAGGUCGAGGGUAGCUCUGAUUUUGCUUUUGUAGCGGCAGUGUUGUUUACAGAUGAUGGAAGAAGCCAUGCCACCCAAAAGUGAUCAAAAUCUAUAUAUACAUUAAAACAUGGUGGAUUUAAUAUUUUAUAGUUUUAUUAAAAUAUAUCUAAAAAAUAAACACAAUUCCUCUUUGGCCACUUGGUCUUUAAAAAUUUGAUUUACAUCUGUGGCCUGUUUGUUUCUAGCUGGAUAUCAACAAUAUGCAGUGCUUAACAAAUUUAUUUAUGCAAGUAAGCAUAAAUAUUUUUAGAAAUCUGACAAAAACUCAUUUAAAACAAAAAAAUUCUGAUCUGAACUGAAAUGAUUCGACCACUUAAAUUAUUCUUUUCUGUUUGUGAAUGUAAGUAAAUGAUUGUAAUUCGCAAUAUUAAUCAAAAAAAUUAAUAUUUUUUGUGUUUGCUUUUUUAAGUUUUGAAAACAGUAAAUUUAAAAAUUCAUCAAACACACCACUUAAUAACAAAUACUUCUUUAUCCUAUUCUUCUUUAUCAUGCGCAUCGGCGUUAUGCUUCUCUCGCUGUAAUACUCUCUUUUCUUUGUGAGAACAUUAGCUGUGUGUUCUUUCUAAUUAAAUGUGAACUGCUUUACACUAUGUUGACAUUUUCUAUCAAAACAUAAAGGAUGUAAGGCCCAAACCAUUUGUCACUAACAGUGCACUAACACUGCAUGCAGCCUAUUACUGAAACACGCUGCAUGCAUGACUGAACGUGCUGCGUGUUCAACGGGGUCUUAACAAGACAGUAAUAGGAAGACCUUAUUUAAUACAGUAUGUGUGUUCUGCACUGAUGCACAGAACGUUUGAAUCAAUUGACUGAAAUGAUCUCUAAUAACAUGCUUCAGCAGACUUGGAUUUUUCAUGUGUAUCGCCAUCUUCUGCAGGAAAAUGUCUGAAUUUUUGUUUGGGAACUCUCCAAACUGCGGCAGUAUCUAAAGUUCCUCUGAGAUUGCACGUCCACCUCCGAUGCCCAUCCCUAGGGAAUCCUGUUUUACAGAACAUAUCGCAGAUGCAUGUGAAGAGGAAAAUAGGAGAACAGGAGGGUGGAGUCCUCUGAGUCACUUGUCUUUGGCUUGGGGAUGUAUAUACUGUACAUGUGUACAUAGUUAUUUUUUCUUUGUGUCCUGCAGGUUUAGGGGAUUUUUGAAAUGUUUCCUGCUCGAGUUCCCUAAACCCCUGACACAACAGGAGAUAUCAACAAAACAUGAGGGUUUUAUCACGGUGUAUUCAAAAAGCCAGCAGCCACAUUGUUCUCUCACUCUGUGUCGCCUUGCUAAUUGUCUGCCACGGCACUGAUAUUGAAGCAACAAUAGGCAGACAAUGUGAGGAUGUGAUUUUCCUCUAAAAGCAGUUUUCAGGCUGCAGGCAGCUGGCUGCUGGCCACUUUUAACCUACAGCAGUUUGUCGCAGCAGCUCAGCAUAUGGACAAAAAAACAGAGGUCUGAUGACUUGAUUAUCAGGUUGCAUGUGGUGUAGUCUUUCACACCAUUAAGUGUUUAGCACCCUUUCCAGGCGUGAUUAAACCCCAGAUGAAGACAACCUGGAAGGUCCCGAAUCAAGAGGACAAACAUGGGGAAAGUGGUCUGAAUAUUUCUUUCUUUCAUUUAAUUCUGUGGUAGGCCUAUAGGUAAGACCUACUCCUUUUUUUAAACAAUUUGCCAAACACAUAGAUCUCAUCAAUACUGAAUGCACUGUAUUGUUCAUUUUCAAAGUGAUAUCACUGUGUUUCUGUAAAUAAAAUGUGUUUUAGUGAA